UGACCAAAUACUCGUGCCCGCGGCCGCCCGCUACAUCUCCACAUAUCCAAGCGCUCAACAACAGCUGUAGCGCAUCCUGUGAGCGCACAUAGCCGCACGAUCCCCCAGCAAAGGCGAGCUGUUCCGGGACUCGGCUACGUGGGCAAUUGCUGUAUGGGAACUAUGCGCACCUGCUUCCUCCCGCACACGACCACCUAAGACAUCAGCCCAGGACAACGUGAUGAGAUAGGAAAUAGUGAAGGAGUCCGCCGUGUCCCCACUGUUCCUCUGCACGUCCGCAUCGAACCUCGAGCGCAUCUUGCACGCUCGCAGCACGUCACCCCACAAUCGCUACAUACGCCGUAUUCAUACACAACACGACUAAUCGCCCAGCCGCGCAGGCUGCACGGCAAUCAUGGCGCCUCAGGCAAAGGGCAAGAAGUCGAUUGCGACCAUGAACAAAUAUGUCUACGACGCCUUCCUGUGGACCUUUUCGAUACUGGUUGAGCUCUUCUUCCGCGAAGUCCACCCCAGGAGCAGCUGGAAGGUGCCCAAGGACGGGCCAGUCAUCUUCGUGUGUGCGCCGCACGCCAACCAGUUCGUCGACCCUCUGAUGUUGAUGCGCGUAGUCAAAAAGGAAUCCGACCGCCGCAUCCAGUUCCUGAUCGCCGACAAGUCCAUGGAGAGGCGCUUCAUUGGCGCCAUGGCCAGUUUGACGGGCGUGGUGCCUGUGGGAAGAGCCAUGGACGCGACGAAGCCUGCGAAAGGCAAGAUCUACCAGCCGGACCCCAUCAACGACCCGUGCCUCAUUCGAGGUGUCGAAACAAACUUCGAGGACCCGCAGUUCAUGGUCGGUGGCUCGCUGGUGCUGCCCAAGGUUGAGAACAAGGCGGCGACGGCCGAGAUCUUGGAGAUCAAGGGGCCUGAGGAGAUCAGGCUUAAGCGUGGCUUCAAAGGUGGUGUUGCGAUGCAGCAGCUUACCGGACGCAAUGACAUGACUAAGGACGGCACCUUUGUCGACGGCGCUUCGGCGAAGAAGGGCGUUGCUGAAGGGUUCGAGGGCAUCAACUUCCUUGUUGCGCCGAAGCUGGAUCAGACCGAAGUCUAUGACGCUGUGCACGCUGUGCUACAUCACGGCGGCAGCAUUGGCAUUUUUCCUGAGGGUGGAAGCCACGACCGGACGGAUCUCCUGCCAUUGAAGGCUGGUGUCGCCAUCAUGGCUCUCGGCACAGUUGCAAGCAAGCCAGACUGCAAUCUCAAGAUCAUCCCAGUUGGCAUGAACUACUUCCACGCGCAUAAGUUCCGUUCGAGGGCCGUCAUCGAAUUUGGUACACCGGUCGACAUACCCCCCGAGCUCGCCCAGAAGUUUGAAGGACCAGGCAGGCGUGACGCUAUUGGUGAAAUGCUCGAAUCUGUCCGUCAAGGUCUCAUCUCAGUCACUGUCACUACACCAGACUAUGAAACUUUACAGGUCAUUCAAGCCGUUCGCCGCUUGUACAAUACCAAGGGCGCUAAGCUCCCGCUACCUAGGAUCGUGGAACUGAACCGACGUCUUCUCAAGGGAUACGACAAAUACAAGGAUGAUCCGCGCGUUGUCGAGCUCAGGAAAGAAGUCAUCUCCUACAACGCCAAGCUCAGGGCUGUUGGACUCCGUGAUCACCAGGUCCAGUAUGCCAAAAUGCACCCUCUACAUGCCUUCUUCACAUUCUCGUACCGCCUUAGUAAGCUGAUCGUCUUGACCGCAUUCGUGCUGCCUGGCACCGUGCUAUUCGGUCUGGUCUUCAUAGCUACGAAGAUGAUUUCCAUCAAGAAGGCAAAGGAAGCCCUUGCAGCCUCGAAUGUCAAGAUCCAGGCUCGCGACGUUAUGGCUACCUGGAAGCUACUCGUUGCUAUGGCAGUCGCGCCUGCCGUUUACUUAUGGUACAUCGGUAUUGGCCUUGCGUGGUACAGGUACAACAACUGCAACGGCUACCUUCCCGACGGCGUCCGCAAACGCUACUUAAUCAUCAUACAAGCCCUCAUCUACCCGACUGUGACAUAUGCAGCUCUCCGUUUCGGCGAAGUCGCCAUGGAUAUCCUCAAGUCUCUGGGCCCACUCUGGAAGAUGAUGAACCCCUUCUCAUCCACCGAACUCGUCAAAAUUCAACGAGGGCGCGAGAACCUCGCGCACCGCGUCAACGAAAUCAUCAACGAGCUCGGUCCCGAGAUGUUCGACGACUUCUACAGCAAACGCAUCCUGCAGGACCCCUUCCUCGACGGAGAAGAAGCAGAAGUGCCACGUACCCCACUGCGCAAGUCCCGCGCCGAGGCCGAAGCCGAAGGCCCAACCAACGUGGAAGCAUACGACUACCCCAUCUCGCCCACCAGCCCGGGCACCGAGAACGAGCUCCCCCGCAACGAAUCCUUCCACGACCUUGCGAACCAGGACAUCUUCUCCACCCGCCCGCCGACGCCGAAGAAAGGGCGGAGCAGGAAUAGUAGCUUUGCGAACCUCGGGUUUCAGCUCAAGCCGUUUAGCACGAUUGAUGGGAAUCUCGAUGAGGUUAAGCAGAGACUCAAGGAUGGGGUUAGAGAUCGUAGGUAUAAGCGCAGGAGCAGUGGGGCGAACAGCCUCGGUGAUGGGUUCGAGAGUGAUGCGAGUAGUGGCGCAGGAGAGAUUGAGGGGUUGACUAUGACGAAGAGGAAGGCUCGUUGAAGAGAGUGCGACGAGGACGUGUGAUGGUGUAGCAGAUUGAGCGGCGGUUAUGAGAAGGAACGCAUUGGCGGAAUUGCAAUGAGGGGCUUUGUAAGGCAUUAUACCACAAUCUCCAGUUGAUUGCUUCUUCGAAUACAUACAUGUCUUGCAAUACGUCUGUGUGUUGCUAGUGAAUAGAGGGGGGAAUGGAAUCAUGGUGGACAUGAUCAAGUGCAUUGUUACACUGAUGAGGAGGCGGACAGCCAGGGGCAUUUGACGAUGAAGAAGGAGAGGACGUGUACAAGGCCAUCUGCCGUUCACAACGCUACAACACGUAGACACCACAGCGGAGUCGCAUAGCUGUCAGGCGCCGCUGGACACAAUAUCAAGACGCAGCGCAUACACCU